AUAUAAACUAAUUGUCAACCCUACACACAUUGAUCUACUGUACACAUAAUUGCAUUUAUAAAGUCAUAACGACGUGAGUUACACUGUAGUUCAUAUCAGUACCACAAUGAGCCACUACACCACGGCUUUACUUGGUCUGCUUUUCGUCGUUUGUGGUGUAUUCUGCAAUGAGCAAUGUGGGGUGUUGGUGAACAUCGACUCUGGGCCUGUGUGCGGGAAGGUGGAGAUUGCCGAAAACAGCACCAAAUACUACAGCUUCCAGGGAAUACCGUACGGGAAACCACCCACAGGAGCCAGGAGAUUUGCAGAAUUAGAGCCUGUGGAGCCAUGGACUGAUCUAUUAUAUGCUUACGAAGAAGGACCAGCUUGUCCUUCGAGAGACAUUAUCUAUGGCAGCAUUACUAUCAAGGCCAAGGGCGUCAGCGAAGACUGUAUCUAUGCCAAUGUCUUUGUGCCCGCGACCGCUCAACUAAACACCGAUGAACUCAGCGAAGUUAGUUUACUGCCCAUACUGGUGAACAUCCACGGGGGCGCCUUCAAUGCAGGGUCGGGCAAUCGGGAUUUGCACGGACCAGAGUUAUUGAUGGUGAAAGAUGUUAUUGUGAUCAAUUUUAAUUACAGAUUGGCGGUUUUCGGAUUUUUAUCCCUUGCUUCGGAUAAGAUUCCGGGUAACAACGGUCUGCGCGACAUGGUGACACUGCUACGCUGGGUUCAAAGAAACGCACGAGUCUUUGGGGGGGAUCCUGAUAAAGUGACAGUGCUCGGAGAGAGCGCUGGGGCUGCAUCGGUUAAUCUUUUAAUGAUGUCUGAUGCCGCUAAGGGACUUUUCAACAAAGCCAUAAUAAUGAGUGGUACAGCUUUUCCAAGCUUCUACAGCACCUCUGCGGUAUACGCCAAAUAUGUCGCCGAUUUUUUCCUCGGACAAUUGGGUGUUAACUCUACUGAUCCUGAUGAAAUUCAUCAGAUUUUAAUUGAACUACCUUUAGAAGACAUCAUGAAGGCCAAUGACGUGGUGCAAUACAAUUCAGGUAUAGCCUCGUUCGUGCCGGUAGUGGAAAUUGAAGGUCAUAACUAUACGAGGAUUAUUGAUGACGACCCCAUAGUUCUCAUAGCAGAGGGUCGGGGUAAGGAUAUUCCCUUACUAAUGGGUUUCAAUCAGAAUGAAGGAGAAACAUUCAGGUGGCUUUUAACCAUUAUGGAUGCGUUAACUCGUUACAAAACUAAUCCGGCUGCUAUAUUAUCACCGAGAUUAGCUUACGAGUUAUCGACAGAAGAAGCUUUGGCUAAAGCAGAAUUAGUAGCGAAAAGAUAUUUUGACGGUGAAGUGACUAUGGAUGGUUUCAUAAAAAGUGUAACAGAUCAAUUGUUCCAAUAUCCUAUUAUAAAACUAGCACAAUGGAGAACAUUGCUGAAUUCAGCACCGACUUUUCUGUACGUAUUUUCGUAUCAGGGUGACAUCAGCAUUAUAAAGAGAUCUAACUGGUUAAGUUACAACGGUACAGGUCAUGUCGAGGAUCUGACGUACGUGUUUCGCACCACCACAUUUCUCCGCGAUCACGUAUCGAUUCCUCCUCAGACUAGGGAUGAUCACAUGAGGGACUGGAUGUCCACACUGUUCAGUAACUACGUAAAAUGCAACAAUCCGACAUGCACAGAGUCUGAUGAUCCUCAGUGGCCACCGAUCAAUCAAACAGAGUUAAUGUAUCAACUCAUUAAAGAGCCCAACGUCUACAGCCUGUCCGCUCUGUCUGAUGAGUUCAAGACAAUGGUUGAGUUCUGCGAUAGCGUGGAUGACCAAGUCAGGACACGUUCAGAGACUUUCAAGCAGCAACACGGUUAAACGUGAUAAAAGAUUCUCUAAUUCAAUCCAUUUUACUUUUUGCAAAUUGUUUUUUAUAGUUCGGAUAAAUGUUAAAAAUGUA